ACGCACAAACGCACGCCGUGCAAUAAAAACCCGUGUAAAAUUCGCUAAUUAAUCACACACAUCACACACACACACAAAAAACGCAUUCUCAUCGCGUGAGGUCGCGGGUUGCGAAAUCGUAGCACGUAUUAAAUAAAAUAAGAAUGAUGUGCAAGUCGGGUUCGGCUAUAUAAACAACAACAACACGAAGAAGUAACAUCCGAACAGCGAUUGAUCCCGUGCGGCACCAACCCCACGUAUAGUUAGACAAUCACUCUCAGCCAUCAAUUUAAUCAUCUCUCUCUCUCUGUGUCUCUCUCUCUCGUCGUCUUCCUGAUUUUUAGCGUUCGAAAAGCUUAAAAGGCGGUGGGCAAAGACGAUGGCUUCUGCGGUGAAAAAGGUCGUGGUGUUCGGUGCCACGGGCAUGACCGGCUUGGAGGUGCUGCCGCAGGCGGUCAAAGCCGGCUACACGGUGACGGCAUUCGUGCGCAACGCGGCGCUGCUGCCGGCCGGAUUGGCGCUGGAGGUGGUGACGGGCGACGUGCUGAACCCGGAGGAUGUGAGCCGCGCCGUGGCCGGGCAGGACGCCGUCGUCAUUGUUCUGGGCACGAGGAACGAACUCGGCGCCACCACCAUGAUGUCGGAGGGCACGCGCAACAUCGUGGCGGCCAUGAAGCAGCACGGGGUGCGCAGGGUGAUCGGCUGCAUGUCCACGUUCUUGCUGUGGGAGCGACCCCGCGUGCCGGCGCGCAUGCUGCCCGUCACCGAAGACCACGACCGCAUGUUCAGCGUGCUGCGCGAGUCGGCCCUCGACUGGAUCGCCGUCAUGCCGCCGCACAUCGACAGCAACCUCCCUCUGACUUCGGAGUACACGGUGACGGUGGGCGCCACGGGCGGCCGCGUCAUCUCCAAGCACGACCUGGCUCACUUCUUUGUGCGCUGCCUCUCCUCCGACGAGUACGUGGGCAAGGCCGUGAGCCUGUCUCACACCUACGCGCCCGCGUAAGAGCCGCCCUCCGCCCCGGACCAGGUCCGGCCCAGACCAGCCGGCUCAACGCAUUACAGCCAACACAGCCACGACGGUCAUCUUUACAAGCCAGCUCAGGCUGCUGUGCCCACCCAACACACAUGGUCCGGUUAAAU